AUGUCAUCAGAAAAAGGUGUCUUGGCCGAGGACCACCUCGACCACGAUAAAAAGAACCAGGACAUAUCAUCGCAAAUCAACUCCGCCGAUGCCCUGGAAGUGUGGACCCCCUCCAACGAAGAAGAGGACCCCGACCACCUCGCCCCGACCCCUGAGGAAAUGAAGACGUUGAGACACGUCUCGGAAAAGAUCCCCCUUUCGUGUUGGCUCGUGGCCGUCGUCGAGCUUGCCGAGCGGUUUGCCUACUAUGGGUUGUCGACCCCGUUCCAGAACUACAUGCAGAACGGGCCCAACGACAAGCCCAAGGGGAUGUUGGAACUUAACCAGCAGGGGGCGACCGCGUUGUCGUACUUUUUCCAGUUCUGGUGUUACGUCACUCCCAUCUUGGGGGGCUACUUGUCCGACACCUUUUUCGGUAAGUACUGGACGAUUAUGGGUUCCGCCAUCGUCUACAUCGUCGGGAUCUUGAUUUUGUUCGUCACCUCGAUCCCCUCGAUCACCUCGAGAAACACUGCUCUCGGUGGUUACGCCGCCGCCCUUGUCAUCAUCGGGUUGGGUACCGGGGGUGUCAAGGCGAACGUGUCGCCGUUGAUUGCCGACCAGAUCCCCAGAACCAAGGCGAGAAUCCACACCACCAAGAAGGGCGAGAGAAUCAUCAUCGACCCCAACAUCACCAUGCAGAACGUGUUCAUGAUCUUCUACAUGAUGAUCAACGUCGGGUCGUUGUCGGUGGUCGCCACCACUUUCUUGGAACACUAUGUCGGCUUCUGGGCCGCCUACUUGUUGCCCUUCUGCUUCUUCUUCAUUGGUGUCGCCGCGUUGAUCUUGGGUAAGAACGUCUACACCCACAUCCCCGUCUCCGACAGAAUUGUCGAGAAGACGUUCAGAAUUGCCUUCAUCGCCGUCAAGAACAAGUUCAACUUGGACGCCGCCAAGCCGUCGACCCACCCGGAAAAGAACUACCCGUGGGACGACCACUUGGUCGACGAGCUUAAGCGUGCCGUGUACGCGUGUAAGGUGUUCAUCUACUACCCCAUCUACUGGUUGGUGUACGGGCAGAUGACCAACAACUUCGUGUCGAUGGCGGGGCAAAUGGACACCCACGCCAUCCCCAACGAUGUCAUGCAGGUGUGGAACUCGGUUGCCAUCAUCAUCUUCAUCCCCGUCUGUGAACGGAUCGUGUACCCCUUCGUGCGGAGAUUCACCCCGUUGAAGCCGAUCACUAAGAUCUUCUGGGGGUUCAUGUGGGCCACCAGUUCGAUGAUCUACGCCGCCGUCUUGCAACACUUCAUCUACAAGGCUGGCCCCUGUUAUGAUAACCCCGGUGGCUGCCCUGGCCACGAAAACGAGCCCAACAACAUCCACGUCGCCAUCCAGGCCCCCGCAUACGCCCUCAUGGCCCUCUCGGAAAUCUUCGCCUCGAUCACUGGGUUGGAAUACGCUUACACUAAGGCCCCCGUGAGAAUGAAGUCGUUCAUCAUGUCGUUGUUCUUGGUCACCAACGCCGUCGGUGCCGCCAUCGGUAUCGCGUUGUCGUCGGUGUCGAAGAACCCCAAGUUGGUGUGGUUGUUCACCGGGUUGGCGUGCUCGUGUUUCCUCGCCGGGAUCGGUUUCUGGAUCUGCUUCCACAAGUACAACGACAAGGAAGAAGAACUCAACGACUUGGACGUCAACGACGACCACUCCAUCAUCGACAUCGCCCCCAUCCCCUCUCAAGCUCAUUCGGGAAAGAGCUUGGCCUAA